GUCCUCGACGCGAGCUUUCCUCUCGUGCUCCACCGGGUUGGUGGGGCGCGAAGCGGGCUCUUUUCUCCCUCUUGCAGCUUCGGGACCAGGCUGGACGGGCUUGGCUCGCUUGGACUCGGAGAAAGUUCAGAGAAGGGAGGCAAGGGAAGCGGGCCAAAGCGAUGGCGCUGACCCCCGGUCGGGGCUGGCCUGGGGGCAACGUGUCGUGGGAGGCGGCGCCGGGGGGCAACGGGAGCGUGGCGGAGGGCGCGGCUCCUCCCUCCGCGGAGCCGCCCUUCUCCUUGCCCUUCCCCUGGGAGGAGGGCCUCCCCGCCGCGGAGGAGCCCCCGGGCCUGGUGGCGCUGCGUUGCGCGGUGCCCUCGCUGUACCUGCUGCUGAUGGGGGUGGGCGCGGCGGGCAACGCGGUGCUGCUGAAGGUGCUGGUGGGGCAGCGGGCCAACCGGCGCAGCGUGCCCAACCUCUUCAUCGCCAGCCUGGCGGCCGGGGACCUGCUCCUGCUCCUCACCUGCGUCCCCGUCGACGCCUCGCGCUUCUUCCUCCAGGGCUGGCCCUUCGGGAGCCUCGGAUGCAAGCUGCUCCCGGCCAUCCAGCUCACCUCCGUCGGCGUCUCCGUCUUCACCCUCACCGCCCUCAGCGCAGACAGGUACAAGGCAAUUGUCUAUCCAAUGGAUAUUCAAGCACCCAAUGCAGUCCUGUGGACCUGUAUUAAAGCUAUAGCCAUCUGGGUGAUUUCAAUUCUGCUAGCAGUUCCUGAAGCAGUAUUCUCUGAAGUGGCACACAUCAAUGAUGCAGACAAUAUCAGCUUUACAGAAUGCAUAAGAUAUCCAUUGAAGGAUGAUUUGCACCCAAGGAUCCAUUCAGUGAUGAUACUUCUGAUAUACCUCCUCAUUCCACUCACCAUAAUUAGUAUUUACUACUUCCAUAUUGCAAGGACUUUAAUCAAAAGUGCACAUGAUCUUCCAGGGGAAUACAGUGAACAAACUAAAAAACAGAUGGAAACCCGAAAGCGUCUGGCUAAAAUUGUACUAGUCUUCGUUGGACUUUUUGCUGUGUGCUGGCUGCCUACUCAUGUGCUUUACAUGUAUAGGUCCUUUAACUACAACACGAUUGAUCCAUCAUUUGGCCAUAUGGUUGCUACUUUGGUAGCCCGAGUGCUCAGCUUCUCCAAUUCAUGCGUCAACCCAUUUGCCCUCUAUUUUCUCAGCGAGAGCUUCAGGCGGCAUUUCAAUAGCCAGGUUUGUUGUCGCAUGGUGCCGCCUCAACGGAGAUCUACUAGUUACUUGCACAGCACCUCAGCUAUUCGAAUGAGCUCCAUGGAAAACCAUACCAGGAACACUGUUGCCAUAGCAACACCCUUAAAUGGGGAUAACCCCAAACAAGAUGUACCACUGUGAAUUCAUCAGUAUGACACUUGAGCUUGAGAUGGGUUUAUUUUAACUACUAUUAUUGCAUAUCUGAAUUGUUUAAAAUGUAAUGAAUCAAAACCUCUUAACUUUGGAGGAAGAUUUUGUAAAUUUUCUUAUCUUGUUUAUAAACUUGUUUGGAACUGAUGAUCUAACAUGAAGAUAAAACAACUGGCUGCCUUUUAAAAUAAAACAGUACUGAUUCACUUCCAUGAUGGUUAAAAGAUGGAAACCUUGGGUGUUGUCUCCCUGACUUACAAAAGAUCUUGUUCUGAUUCCAGCAAAGAGGAUCUGUGCACUCUUGCUAAUCUUCAUGGUUCAUCUGAAUGGAAAUUUGUGUUUUUCCUGGCUCCGUUGACUUUUAUGGAGAUGUCUGAUGAAAAUAACAUAUUCCAUUAUUAAUUUAUGAAAAUAGAAAUAUAUGCAUAUAUGAGAUGAAAAUGUGGAAGCACAGAACCACUAGUUCUGUACAAUGAAGCCUGCUUAGGGUUAGGUCAAUGUCUAUAGGUGCAAAUGGGGCAUCUACAUGCUAUACAGGAUUUGGUGAGGAGGAAUAAUUGAGAUUGGAAGCCAUGUGGUCUCUGGGAACACAUCUCUGUGAAUACCUAAACAUUCUAUGAAAAGUGAAAACAGAAAACUUUCUUCCCUAUGAUAGAAAGAGAAGUACUGAAGCAGGGAAACAACUCUUUACCUGUGGGGGUUCUCCAUGCAAUUUGGGACCCUGCUUUAUAGUGAUAUAACACAGUGAGUUGGGUUAGCAAGCAUGCCCCAAGUGUGAUAAGAAGACUUAAUCAAAUCUAUUGUAUGUACUGGCAUAACUUUAAUUUGGUGCAAACCUGUCUUCAUAAAAGUCAUUAAGCAUGAUGCAUUGCCUGUUGCCCCAUAUGCAAAUAAAUGCACUUGACGUAAA